UAACCAUUCAGAACCAAGUCUAGCCCAAGCGUCUUUCAACAGCUAUCGAAAACACAAAAAAUGGGUGACGGACCAUUGCACCGUCAGACGGCGCAUUCCUCCUGAAAGUCCGGAACGCGAAACACAGACGCUGGAUGCGAUCCCUAACUGCCGUACUCCGAAGCUCACCUUGCUGCAUAACCCAGCCUCAUAUCACCCUGGGCGUGCGUCCGCUAUGUGGGCGAGAAGGCUCUUCUCUCGCACACUCGCUCGCUCAAACAUCCACUUGGAUUUUAGUCGCUGUAUUCAUCCUGUUCAAUUCGCUCACCCGGCGCAAAUAUUGCUAUUCGAUACGUCUGUCAGAAUGGCAUCGACACUUCCCCGCCUUCCCAUAUUUGAGGCCAUCAAGAAACACGAUGCCAUGUCCACGGCUGUAGUGCACUCGCUUUCCGGUCGCAGUUUUACGUACGGAGAGCUGGUCAAUGAUGUCGCAGCUGCAAAGGACAAAUUGCAGCACAACACCCACGGGAAGAGUGCGGAGGGAGAACGAAUAGCGUUUUUGGUCGAGAAUGGGUAUGACUAUGUAGUGACGUUGCUUUCCAUUCUGGCGGCACAUGCUAUUGCGGUGCCGUUGUCCCCUACUUUCCCUGCGCAUGAGCUGCGAUAUAUUUUAGAUCAGAGCGAAUCGCUCAUGCUUCUCUCGUCGGAGAAGUUUCAGGAUAAAGCUGAUGAGGUGCUAAAGGAGGGCAUGGAGACGGCGCCGAUAAAUUACAAGCAAGAUAAGAUCAUGAUGGGGAAGACGGACGACUAUGUUACUUUGGAAGGCCCCGCCAGCGACCAGGGAGGCAUGAUGCUGUACACAUCCGGGACCACGAGUCGUCCGAAAGGCGUGCUACUCCCACAAUCAGUGCUAACCGCCCAAUCUAUGUCGUUACUGAAGGCGUGGGAAUACAGCAAAGACGACGUCUUACUGCACGUUCUCCCACUCCACCACAUCCACGGCACUGUAAACGCGCUCCUCACCCCGCUCUUCGCAGGCAGCACAAUAGAAUUCCACUUCCCCUUCAACGCAUCCGCUGUCUGGGAACGCCUCGCCGCGCCCUUCCUCCCUACCCCUGACCCCUCCAAACGACCGAUCACCUUCCUAACCGUUGUCCCUACAAUAUACACACGUCUGCUAUCGUCCUAUUCGACGCUCUCUCCCGACCUCCAAACCGCAGCCAAAGAAGCCCUCAAACCGAGUAGCAUGCGGCUCAACAUCUCGGGCUCCGCCGCACUCCCAACUCCCGUGAAGUCCGCAUGGACAGAACUCAGUGGCGGAAACGUGCUGCUGGAACGCUACGGCAUGACAGAAGUUGGGAUGGCGCUAUCGUGCGGGCUACCCUUCUCGUCACGCGUCGACGGAUCCGUAGGCUGGCCACUACCCAGUGUCGAGUGCCGACUCGUCGACACGGAAACAGGACAGCUCAUCAAAGAAGGCGAGGAAUUCGACGUCUCUACUGACCGCGAAAGACUAGGCGAAAUCCAACUUCGCGGUCCCACGGUGUUUAAAGAAUAUUGGCGGAACCAUGAAGCUACAAGCAAAGAGUUCGUAGAUCCGGAGCCCGGCGAUGAAAAUCAGGGGAAGUGGUUUAAAACCGGUGAUGUGGCAUACCGGCGCUUUAUCCCCCCCCUCUCCUCCUCCGCCUCCUCUUCUUCUUCCUCAUCCUCCUCCUCCCCUUCCCCUUCACUUAAAGCUGCUGCUUCCUGGUCCCAAGGACCCAUGUACUUCAUAGCAGGCCGCCUCUCCUCCGAUAUCAUCAAAACCGGCGGGGAAAAAGUGUCCGCUUUAGAAGUCGAACGCGAACUUUUGUCCCUCCCCCAAAUCCUCGAAUGCGCCGUCGUCGGCCUCCCCUCUGAAACCUGGGGUCAGAAAGUCGCCGUCGUCGCCGUCUUAACGGAAAUGGGCAAGACGGCGGGGAGGAAGGGUGGCGAGUGGAGCGCGUUGGAUAUGCGGAGGGCAUUGAAGGAGCUUGUGGCUAAUUAUAAGAUUCCGCAGGAGCUGAGGACGAUGGAGAGCGGACUCCCGAGAAAUGCGAUGGGGAAGGUUAACAAGAAGGAGCUUGUAAGGCAGAUUUGGGGGGAGGGAGUUGGGGUGGAGAAGGAGGGAAAUGGGAGCGUGGAUGGGGCUGCGUGUGGGGUUCUGAUGAAUGGGAGUGUAUGAUUAUUCUGAAGUCUGACGUCUUGUAUUCCAGUUGGUUGGAACUGACGGCGAGGACUGCAGCCUGCCCUGCUACUACUUAGUGUCAAUGCUUUGGUAUAAUGUAAUUGUAGUUAAGCGACACAGGUAAAAUCCAAUAGAGGAAACCCCCAAAAGGUCAAG